CAUUCUCAUUCUCGCUCAUUUUAUUUCCUCAAUAUAAAAACCCUAAUUUCCACUCCUGCUCUUCCAUUGCUUUCCUCCAAAUUCCGAUCCAUUUCUGCAUCAUCAAACCUUCAUUUAUGGCGAGCACAGAUCCCGAACGCCGAGAGGACGAGGAUGCUCCUGCUGGAGACGAUGAAGACACUGGAGCUCAAGUUGCCCCGAUCGUCAAGUUGGAGGAGGUUGCUGUCACCACCGGUGAAGAAGAUGAGGACGCCAUUCUCGAUCUGAAGGCAAAACUGUACCGAUUCGAUAAGGAUGGAAACCAAUGGAAGGAGAGAGGUGCUGGUACUGUCAAGUUUUUGAAACAUAAGAAUACUGGCAAGGUUCGCCUUGUUAUGAGACAGUCUAAGACGCUUAAGAUCUGCGCUAAUCAUCUUGUGAUUUCGUCAAUGACGGUUCAAGAACACGCUGGAAAUGAGAAAUCAUGCGUGUGGCAUGCCGCUGACUUUGCUGAUGGCGAAUUGAAAAAUGAGCUUUUCUGUAUUAGAUUCCCAUCAAUUGAGAACUGCAAAACAUUCAAGGAAACAUUCCAAGAAAUUGCCGAGUCCCAACAGAAGAAAGAUGAAAAUAAAGAUGCAUCAGCAGCAGCUGGAUUACUUGAGAAAUUGAGUGUUGAAGAAAAGAAAGGUGAAGAAGAUAAAGCUGGAGACACACCUGCCAAAACCAAGGAAGAGGAUGAACCCAAGGGUGAGGCAGAAAAGAAAGCAGAUGCAGAGAAGAAGAAUGAUGAGUAGCCUGAUUUGGUAGUGAAUACAUUUGAGAUUUUGAUGAGGUUGACCUCUCUUCCAUCCUUGGUACAUUUAAGCAUAAUAGUCAGUUAUUGGAUUGGAUUUCCUCUGGGGUGGGAGAGGUCGUCUACAUGGAACUUUUGGUUGGGAGUCCCUUUCCAUUUUUCUUUCUUCCUUAAAAAAUGAGAGUUUUCUAGUCACUGUGGUCGUCAAAAGUCGGGGUGGGGUGGGGUUGUGUGUCGUCUUGUGGUUUGUGAAACUUGAAAGUUCAGGAAUUGUUUGAUUGAGGGGUGGUGGGUGAUAAUACACUAUGGAGUUUGUGUGCAGCAGCGCAGGGCCUGAGCUGAAGAUGCAUACUGCAAGGAACAGACAUGUACACAUUUAUUUUUGUUUGAUGAUUUGCUCAGUCCCGGAGAUUUUUACCUUUGGGGAUGAUGAAAAAAUUAUGAUUGUCUUGUCUUUGUCUUCGUCUUGUGGAAUUUUAGGAAUUUUUAUUUAAAGGUUUUUAGGUGUUUUGUUGUGCA